AUAGGCAUGUGCUUCAAUAGAUCCCAAAGUCUUAUGAUAUUAGGCUUCAUUGUUAAAGUGUGGCUGAUAUUGCCAUCCUUCUGGAAUCUGGACCAUUGAACCGCGUUUCUAUUACUCUUUGGAAAUCUACGCAAAGGAAUAGAAGUUACUUAAUCUUUCAGAGCUCAGAAUAAGUCCAACUGUCCCUCAAAUGAUGGCUGCUGAGGAAAAAACUUUAGUGGAAAUCUUGGAAGAGCAUAAUCCAAUUGAACUUGCCAAGUACAUAAACUAUGUAAGCGCCCCACAAGCUGGUGCAAUAGCAACAUUUUCUGGCACAACACGCGACACCUUUGAAGGAAAAGUAGUCUUGGAGCUAAGAUAUGAGGCAUAUACACCAAUGGCAAUCCGAUACCUUAAAUCCAUUUGUUCAUCUGCUAGAUCAUCCUGGAAUCUCCACUCCAUUGCUGUUGCUCACCGGCUGGGGCCAGUUCCAGUGGGAGAAACAAGUGUCUUCAUUGCAAUCUCGUCUGUUCAUCGAAUUGAUGUGUUGGAUGCUUGUAAGUAUGUGAUUGAUGAGUUAAAGGCGACGGUUCCUAUAUGGAAGAAGGAGGUUCUUGCUAAUGGAGAGGUCUGGAAGGAGAAUUCAGAGUUCCUUGAGAGGAGAUUGGAGCUUGGAAAGAAGGAUGGAGACUGCUGUGGGAAAAAGGUUGAGGCUGAGGUGCAUGACAAGAAGGGCUGCUGUGGGACUAAGGUUAAGGUCAAUGAAGAAGGAAUUGCCAACAACAGCACCGGUCAUGAAGGCUCCGGUGAAGUUGACUAAGGGACCCCCUUUUCUUUUUCUUUUUUUGGCCGAAUGGGGAAGAUCUAUUCAUUUGCAAUUAUCACUUUAUAUUAGAAUAAUGAAUCUAAUAAUGGUUAAGUGAAUAAAUUUAACACUUCCUAACAA